AUGGAACGCGCGGAAGGUUCUGGCGACGCGUACGUGAUUCGCGAUGAUGGUACUCGAAACAACGCCACGGAGCAAAACCAGUCCGGGUCGAUUGCUGAGCUACUGCACAGGGAGGAUCCUUUGCAUCUAAAAAGAUACCUCAAUUAUCUUACCAGCGAUUUGCUGGUGCUGGAUGAACACAACAGAAUCCAGUUGACAGAUGUGAACAAAUUCCGGAUUGCGAACGAAUUGGUUAUGUCCGAAAUAGAUCGUGUCUGGGGUCUUAUUUGCACGGAAGUGCAGCACAGUGGGGGCUUGAAGUUCAUGCGCAAUGUAUACGAGGUCAGUUCCCCUUUUGUCGCUAACUCUUCAAAUUGA